GUCCGCUCCUGUCAGGCUGAAGCGCGGAGGUCGUGUUUCUUAAAGGGCCAGGCGCCUCUUGCCACCGAGCGGGGGGGGAAAAAAAAAAGGAAAUAUGGGUCCCGUCUUAGUCUUCUGCUCCUUGCUGGCUCUGGCGUCGGCUGGGCCUUCCCAGUACUUCAGGGAGGAGUUCGGGGAUGGAGAUGCCUGGACAAGCCGUUGGGUAGAGUCAAAGCACAAACCCGACUAUGGGAAAGUCAUACUGACGGCUGGCAAAUUCUAUGGCGAUGCAGACAAGGACAAAGGACUUCAGACAAGCCAGGAUGCUCGUUUCUAUGCUAUCUCCGCUAGCUUUGAUUCCUUCAGCAACAAGGACAAGACCCUGGUGGUGCAGUUCACAGUGAAACAUGAGCAAAACAUUGACUGCGGAGGUGGCUAUGUGAAGCUCUUCCCCUCAAGCCUGAACCAAGAAGACAUGCAUGGGGACUCUGAAUACAACAUCAUGUUUGGUCCCGAUAUCUGUGGCCCUGGUACCAAGAAAGUUCAUGUGAUAUUCAACUACAAAGGCAAAAAUGUCUUGAUCAAUAAAGACAUCCGUUGUAAGGAUGACGAGUUCACCCAUCUCUAUACCCUCAUUGUCCGCCCUGAUAACACAUAUGAGGUGAAGAUUGACAACAACAAAGUGGAGUCUGGCAGCUUGGAGGAUGAUUGGGAUUUCCUGCCUCCCAAGAAAAUUAAGGAUCCAGAUGCAAAGAAACCGGAGGACUGGGACGAAAGGGCAAAGAUAGAUGAUCCUGAAGAUACAAAACCAGAGGACUGGGAUAAACCAGAGCAUAUUCCUGAUCCCGAUGCCAAGAAGCCUGAGGACUGGGAUGAAGAAAUGGAUGGAGAGUGGGAACCACCGGUAAUUCAGAAUCCAGAAUACAAGGGGGAGUGGAAACCUCGUCAGAUUGAUAACCCUGACUACAAAGGGAAAUGGAUUCAUCCUGAGAUCGAUAAUCCUGAAUACACACCUGAACCCAACCUGUACUCCUAUGAGAACUUUGGUAUCAUUGGCUUGGACUUAUGGCAGGUCAAGUCUGGCACAAUUUUUGACAACUUUUUGAUCACUGAUGAUGAGAAAUUUGCUGAAGAAGUUGGCAAUGAAACCUGGGGUGCCACUAAGGAUGCUGAAAAGAAAAUGAAAGAGCAGCAGGAUGAGGAGCAGCGAAAGAAGCAGGAAGAGGAAGACAAGAAGAAGAAAGAGGAGGAGGGAGAAGAUGAACCUGAGGGUGAAGAUAAUGAGGAGGAGGAAGAUGAAGAGGAGGAGGAGGAAGAAAAGGAGGAGGAGGAGGAAACAGAGGGCCCGUUGAAGGAUGAGCUGUGAUUGGGGGUUCUUGAGUUGCUUGUUGGCUGAGCCUUGGCCUGGACCUGUACCAUGCAGUCCGCUUGGUUGAACCCAACUAAGGAGAAGGGGGAUAACAGUAAUGUCUCUAUGAGACAAAAGAACUUUCUUUUUUUAUUGGUGUGUGUGUUUGUCUUAACCCCCUUCCCAAAUACCAUCAAUUAUUCAUUCAUGUGUGUAGAGGGGAACUAGAACCUGCAUCCCAAGAAGGCGAAUUGUAGGAAUAUAACCCUUUGAAAUGGGGGGAAUACACCAUUGACCUUGUUUUUUUAAUAGCCACUUUUUCACUGAAAGUUUGUUUCCAGUGACCCUCCAUAAAUGGAUGUCAAAAAAGCAGAACUACUCUGUCCUUCCUGAGCUUUCCCUUACCCUUUUAAAGGUUCACGGAGCUUCAAAUGGUGGCUUCAUACUAGGAUGGGAAGACAAAAAGGCUUCCACCAUGUCUCAAAAGAAAUAAAAUUAAAACAACCAGUAUUGUAUAUACCAUGUGGGUCCUAUCUCAUUCUAGGAAGAACAUGGAGAGUGGUAGUAACUGGGUUCUUUUUGCUGCUGUGCACAUCAGACAAAUCAAUUUGUGUUUUUUUUAAAGCUCCAAGAAAUGAGCAAACUAUUUUUUUAACCUGUUCUGACUGCUUCUCUAGUUUUUAGCCUUGUCCUGUGGGGGUGGGAGUGGGGUGUCAUUUCAGAACUUUUCCUGGAGGAUCAGUGGGGGGUGGGGGGGGUGAGUAAUUUCUGCUUUGUGUUAAAAGAUUUCUUCAGGCAAGGAGCCAAGAACUGAAAAGGGGCUUCUGGAGGCAAAGCGACAAACACCAGAAAAGGGGGGGGGGGUCAUCUCACUUGUUCACACUUGAAUGUAUGAAAGAUUGAAGAAAAUUUCUAUUAAAUUAAACUUCAUGUCUGGCCCAU